GCGCGCGUCUUCCUCCUGCACGCGCCGCCGCUAGACAAGCACUCUCGCUGGAGCUUCUGGCCCGCGCGUUCCCCUUCCUGUCUGGCUGUGGGGCGACCGGGACCCUGCACCGCCGUCGCGGCAGCAGCGGCAUCGCGGGCGGGCUCGGGCGGCCGCAGCGGCGCGCGAUACCCCGGGCGGACCGUACCACCGCUCGCCAGCACGCGGGGGGAGCCGCACGCGCCUCGGCGACCCCGCGGGGCUGAGGCGUCGCCGCGCCCGGCAGCGUGAGCGCAGAGCCGGCCUCGACCCAGAGCUCGGAGACCCGAGGGCCUCGCACGCUGCCGGCCCCACCCAUCCGGGCCGAGGAGGCCGCGGCAAUGGCCGAGACGGAGGAGCGGAGCCUGGACAACUUCUUCGCCAAGAGGGACAAGAAAAAGAAGAAGGAGAGGAGCAGCCGGGCAGCGAGCGCCGCGAGCGCAGCGGGCAGCGCCGGCGGGAGCAGCGGAGCCGCGGGUGCGGCGGGCAGCGGGGCAGGCGCGGGGCCCCGGCCGGGAGAUGGCGGGACCGCGAGCGCGGGGGCCGCCGGCCCAGGGGCCGCUACCAAGGCUGUGACGAAGGAUGAAGAUGAAUGGAAAGAAUUUGAGCAAAAAGAGGUUGAUUACAGUGGCCUCAGAGUUCAGGCAAUGCAAAUAAGUGAAAAGGAAGAAGAAGAUAAUGAAAAGAGAGAAGAUCCAGGUGAUAACUGGGAAGAAGGUGGAGGAGGAGGUGGUGGUAUAGAAAAGUCUUCAGGUCCCUGGAAUAAAACAGCUCCGGUACAAGCACCUCCUGCUCCAAUAAUUGUUACAGAAACCCCAGAACCGGCAAUGACUAGUGGUGUGUAUAGGCCUCCUGGGGCCAGGUUAACCACAACAAGAAAAACACCACAAGGACCACCAGAAAUAUACAGCGAUACACAGUUCCCAUCCCUUCAGUCAACUGCCAAGCAUGUAGAGAGCCGGAAGGAUAAAGAAAUGGAGAAGAGCUUUGAAGUAGUAAGACACAAAAAUAGAGGUAGGGAUGAGGUUUCAAAAAACCAGGCACUUAAACUUCAGCUAGACAACCAGUAUGCUGUGCUUGAAAAUCAGAAAAGCAGCCACACACAGUACAAUUAAGGAAUGGUCUUUGCUAACCCUUCUAAGGUAUCUAGACCACAGCUAACCACCAUGAACAGCCAUUCAUCAUCUGAUCUCUGCUGGAUCUACAGCAACCGAUGCAGACCACUUGAUUUAAGUGACUGGCCCUAUUGCACUAUGGAAGUUUGAAGUGUCACAGCUGCUCUUUAUGUAUAUUGGAUUUAGAGGAAUUUUCAUUGUUACAUAAAUGUGUGAACUAGAUUCCACAGUGUUCUUUCAUAAUUACUCUGCAAAUACAAAAAACCAAAACCUGCAGCCAGUGGUCAUUUCAAAAUCUUUUUGUGUUCAGAUACUGAGCCUUCGUAAGGGUUGACUACCUCAGAUUUGCUGCACUCAUUGUGGACUCAUGUGGAUCACAACUUCUGGAUAAGAAGGUUACAGCUAUUAAAUGUCGACAUGAACCUUGAAACCAGCUCUACCGGAUUCCUAUCAGAAAUCCUGCAGAAAGUCAGCCAUCUGGGUUCUGAUCUGCUGUAAAAGAUGAAGAUUUAAGUGACCUUAAUUGAUCUGUCCUGUGCCCCACCCUUAAGGAAUACUCGCUAGUAGGCUGUGGCUAUAUUAGACUUCCUGGAACAUGCUUAUCUCAAAAGAACUGAUGUGUUCAGAUCAUCUGUGUAGGGCUGUGAUUUGUAAUUUAAACUUUCAGUUGUGUUCUGAGGUAACCACAAAUUAAAUUCAACCAAACUUGGGUCCUCCAAGUGGGAAAGGGGGUGGGAGAGAGAAUAAUCUUGUUUCUCUUAGUAAUUUUUUAUUUGGAUAGUGCUUUUUCUUUGUUCCACAUUAAGGCCUUUUUUGCUUUGACUUGAAAUAAGUUCUUUGACAGAGCAUAUUGCUUGGUUAAGUAAGUAACCUGAAGUAUGCAUUAGAAUUGUGAAAUGUCUUGUGAAUUUGCCAAUCCCGAGAGUAGAACCAAAUAGCCUUUGAUGUAAAGGGCAGUGGAUGCCAGAGGCUCUACUUCAGGUGCUGCUAAAGCCUCCUCUAAUCAGGUCUAAGAUGUGUGGUAAACUGCAGUGGAAAGAGUGUGGUUUCUGCUCAGGCUAAGGGAUUCACUGACCUGUCCUUACAAAUUCAAAGCAAUGUAAGCGAAAACCUCAGCUAAAACCCAUGCAAGUUAAAGGGAUCAUGCGUGAUCUUUUAAGAAUUCCAUAUAUACUUGUGCCCAAAUUUAAGGUAUUGGAAGUUCUGUAUAUGCAGAGAUUGUCCCAGCUAGCUCUCUUAUCAACCUUUUGAUGUGUCUUUGUGUUGUUCAUUUGGAGUCAGGGUAAAAGACAGGUGAUGUAGCACUUCAUUUUUAAUAAUUACAGUUUAACUGUCUAGUAGUUUUUAGUCUUAAAAAGGGACUUGAAGCUACCCAGGAUUACAUAGAAAAGUUUCUUUCUACCUAAUGAGUUAGUCUGGCAGUUUCUUAGUUCUCUGUUGGUUCAACAGAAAUACUUCAGAGUGGUACGUGACCACCUGGUGCAGUCUGGGUUUCUCUAUAAUAAAUCCCUUUGCCACAUGCAGGAGGUGCAGACUUGCUACUGGCAAGAGUGAAGCAAAUGGGCGAGUAAAACUGUCCUGAUGUGGGGCUGUUUUCCUGUAGCAGUCCCAUCUUGAUGAACGUGUCAGCGCAGGAAUUGACUUCUAGGAGAUUACAGUAUCUCCUGACAGGACCUGCCAGCCACAUUUUUGCAAUAAUGUUGGCAUUAUUCGAGGUGGUGGGCAGGAUGCCUGCCUUCUGAUGUGUUUGGGUGGAAGUAACUGAGCCAGCCAAUGGGAGGGUGGAUUAUUAAACAAGAGAAACGGGAUUCUUGGUUAAACUGAAGACUUCAUUUGGGAACCAAAAACCUUAGUAAAUAAUCUCUUGGACCUUGAGCCACAUGUUUUCCCUGAAAAGUAUGCCUUUUUUCCAGCAAAAUUUUGUUGGGGUUAUGUUAUCGAGGAAUGAACUGAGGUGAAUAUGGAGGCGUUAUUUAAUGGCAUACUGUACUAGAAAUCUGAAGACCUGCAGCAGAUUUAAAUUCCAACUCUUGUUAUAACUUUUUAAAAGAUUGUGAAAAUAUCAAAAUGUACAUGAAUCAAGUUUUAAUAUACUGUAUGAUGGGUGGAUGAGGCUGUCCAUUGUACCAUUUCUUUCUUUGAAUUCUCAGGCAUGGUUUGGCAGUGCAAGAACUCUGUAACAUUAACAAAUUCAAUAAAAAGUAAAUAUAUGGA